AUGCAACUGAUUGCAACUGAAUACCCAGAUCCACCGGUUUUUUGCAGUCUUGUACGUAGUACCAGUUCGCCCGCCCCGGUAAUACAGCAGGACGAAUCGGCCGCCCGGCGUGAGCGUCGGCAGCGAUUGCAACAGGAGGAUCCAGCGGCCGCCGCCGCGGCACUACAGCACGAAUUGGCCACCCGGCAUGAGCGCCGGGAGCGAUUGCAGCAGGAGGAUCCAGCGGCCGCCGCCGCGGCACUACAGCAUGAAUCGGCCACCCGGCGUGAACGCCGGCAGCGAUUGCAGCAGGAGGAUCCAGCGGCUGCCGCCGCGGCAGUACAGCAUGAAUCGGCCACCCGGCGUGACCGCCGGCAGCGAUUGCAGCAGGAGGAUCCAGUGGCCGCCGCCGCGGCAGUACAGCAUGAAUCGGCCACCCGGCGUGAGCACCGGGAGCGAUUGCAGCAGGAGGAUCCAGCGGCCGCCGCAGCGGCAGUACAGCAUGAAUCGACCACCCGGCGUGAGCGUCGGCAGCGAUUGCAGCAGGAGGAUCCAGCGGCCGCCGCCGUGGCACUACAGCAGGAAUUGGCCAGCCAGCGUGAGCGCCGGCAGCGAUUGCAGCAGGAGCGUGGGCGUGAAUCUACCCUACUGGACCGUCUUAACAGUUUGUUACAACUAGACUACUUGCAUGGCGACCGGCCCAUCGACCUGCCAGACUUCUUGAUGGCUCUGCCCGAUGGCCGUGUUGAAGACUUGCCUGACGUCGAGGGGGAAGCACCAUCGCCGCCAGACCCCGUGCUGCCAGUUCGGUACCGUAUCCGGCGGAAUGAUCGGCGCAACACAGCCUCGGGGGAAGACGGUGCAGGCACUAGUGGCAAUGGUGUCGCUAUGUUGCUGGACGAUGACAUCAGGGGCGCCCAUAGCGGUACCUCUGAGGAGGAUGAAAUAGCACAGGCUGCACCGGAAGCGCCAUCACAACAGCUGCCGCCCGAGCUGCAGCCAAAGCCACCCCGCGUACUGCCGCGGCCAUGUCCUACAGACUCUGCAUCCGUGGAAAUACCGUACUGUAUUCGGCUGGAGCCCGACCUACCCAAUCGCACCAUGCUGGUCGAUGCAGCUGGCAUGGAGCGCAUCUUCGUCUGCAAGGAUUGUGAGGCUGCACUUUCGGCUCGACGCAUCCCAGAUGCAGCUCUGGCGCGCCUGGACCCCGGGGAUGUGCCCCUCAGCAAUCACCUCGGGGAGCCAUUGCCCCUUCCGACCUUCCUGGAAAGCCAGGUGCUCGCGCGUGCACACAUAUUGCAGCAGGUGAUAGUUCUGCACCUGGGCGGUCGGCCACCGGAGGUUUUUCCACAGGCGGUACGUGCACACAGUGUAGCGCUGGCCAACCCAGGCCGACAUCUAUGGCGCGGCCUCAUACCAGCAGCACUCACUGAAAUGGCAGGGUGCAUCACCGUCGUCUGUGUGGACCAUGUGCGCAACCGGCACGAGUUGCGAGAACGUGUCCGCAGUGCACCUGCACUGCAGAUGCGAGGACCCGUUAUCGUUGCGUGGGUCCGCUACCUGCAGCAUCUCGAUGAGGAGGAGUGGGCGAUCGAUCCCGUGGCGCUCCAGGAAUACGAAAAAAUGGGCUGUGCCCCGUUCGUCCCGGAAGUAUUGCUGGAUAACGCAGUGGGACCCAUCGAUGAGGAAGUGGCUGGUGUGCUGCGCAGCACCUUUAUGCAUGGCCGCACGGGAGCUGCUGGUGUUCGACAGCAACAGGAUCAGAUUGAGGCUGCAGUUGCUGAGGCUGCGAUGGAGACGGCUGGUGCAGAUGUCUCGACAAUUGCUGAGGCUGCAAACGGGGCUGAUAUGGAUGUUGAUGCUGCUAAUGCUGCUGAGGCUGCUGCUGCGGCUGGUGCACGUGACGAACAGGAUGAUGACCAGGACAGCUUGCUUGGUGGACGGCCGUUUGUCGCAUUUGUACACACGCCUUCCACCAUUGCAGAGCCGAUCGCAGGUGCAGAGCCACGCGAGCCUGGCACCACUGCAGAGCUGGUCGCAGGUGCAGUGGUGACCAAGGUGGAGCAGAGCGGUCGCCUGGCGCUGCACGUGCAUGGUGUAGCGCAUGUGGCAACCUUUGCGGUGGAACGGCUCCAGGCGCUGUUUAAUGGCCCUAACUGCCGUGCCCUGGCACUGGCGUACGCGUUAUGUCAGCAGUGGUACCCGUCCCCUUACUAUGACCCAUCAGUACCGGAAGACAGCCGCCGUGUAUUCCAGAUGUCGCCAGAAGAGACGGCACAACACGGCAUACCGCCACCAGCCGCAGACAAGUGCUGCCCUCGUGCGGCCUACAAUUUCGAGCGGCUGGCUGGAUGCAGUAAUGGCGGCUUGCCACCACACGAGAAGCACGCAGCAUGCCAUGCACAUCACGCUGCUGUACUGCGAACGACCCUUACACACACUCACAGCGAUGUGUGUGUCCGACACGGCUGCACAGGCACCGACGGCAGCUGCGGUAUGGCGUUCCCGCGCAUCAUACGACACCUAUUUUGGUGGAUCGGCACGCAGGGUCUGUUCUUGCUGCCGCGGCUGGGCCGCAACCUCGUGCCGCAUUUCCCUGCAGCAGCGCUCGCGUUCGGCUGCAACCAGCUCUUCAGUCUGGCCUGCGAAGUGGACCGUGCAUAUACGACGGAAGUCGCAGCACAGCUAGAAACAGCAGCCGACGGGAAUGAGACACCCGCACCAGAGGAACCGCUGGGCUCUGCUACCGAUCACGCACGUGAUGUGGCGUACUACACGUCCAAAUACACGGCCAAGACCAUUGAACGCAGCCAAGCGGACCGUUUGUGUAAUGCCGUCGCCCGUGUACAAGACUUCUUGCUAUCAGGCGUCCCUCCACCGCCUGUCAACAACCCGGACCUUGCCGCCACCAUCCCUACCGCCUUCGGAAACCUUGCGGCCGCCGCACAUCGCAUGACCGCCACCAUCACCGUGGGCAUGGCACUAGCGGCGUUCAAACUGUCCGGAUACGACACCUUCCAGGCAUCGUACCAGCGCAGCUACCUCCCCGUCGGUGGGUUCACAGCACUGGCAAACACACCUGGAGCUGGACCGGAUAAUGAGGAUGGCGCAGUGGAAGUCGCGCUCGUAAACACAGAUACAAACACCGACGACUAUGUCAUCUCCAACACGGUGCAAAACUACAUCCUCCGCGGCCCGGAGCUUAGCGGCUUGGAAUGCAGUGCAUACACGCUGGCAAGCAACUACAGCUUGGCUCACGUGCAACCAGCACAACACCCGCACGCUACUACCCUCCAAGGUGUGGUCCUACCUAGCCGCCAUGGCCGCAAACGCACCGCGACCAACAGUGCAGUACUCACACCUUCCGUGCAUGGAGCGUCGCCCAACCAACCAGCCCCUACAACCGUAACGUCACCUCCACCGCUGGAACAAUUGCCGAGUGGUACCAACAAUGUCACUAAUGCAGCCCGACUAGUGGCUCUGCAUCCCAGCCAUCCACUCUAUCUUAGCCACGUCCUGAAGCGUCAUCCCCGUCCACAGUACGUCCUCUUAGGCGGCUCCCUCCCGCGCCGGCCGACUGAACGCACCAAGCCAGCGGACGCUGAUGAGUACUAUGCCUUUGUGCUAGGUACCUUCAAGUCACAUCGUGGCGUGCCUGUGCCCCCUAACUUAACGGUGCAACAAGCAUACGACGAGUGGUGGUCUGAGCUAGCCACCACUGAAUCUGGCCGCCGGUACCAGCAAUGUGUGGCGGCCAUUUUGGACAACAUUGAACAGGACCACGCUGCCCGUGCGCGCCACACCGAACAGUACAACCAACAGCGGCGCAAGCACAAACCCCCCACGGAGGAUCCUGGCGGAUAUCGGGCUGACAAUGAUGAUGACGGCAAUGCUGAGGCGCAAGAUGCGCACUUCCAGACACACCCUGAGACAUGGCCUGCCAGUGAUACACAGAUCGAACAAGGCCACCCUCAGCAGCCGCGUCCCGCUCCUACUGCCGGCCUGGACCUCGCUGCCACACCGAUCGGUACCCUAUUCGACCGUACCACUGCCAGUGGAUUGUAUGCAUAUGAUGCCGUCGUACGAUGCCCUGUCCCCAUGCUGGUGAGCGGCCAUGGUACCUCCGCCUCUUAUCUACUGCGUCGUGUGAAUGCUGCCGAUAUGACGGCCCUCGAGGAGGCAGCUCGGCGCCUAAAAUGGUACACUACCAACACUACCCCCCAAGACGGCGUUGAGCCCAACCGUCGCCUAAGUCUACACCGGCAGACCUCGUCCGUCAGCCCCAUUGUCGCCAUAGUUGAAGUCGAGGGACAUGCACCUGAACCUGUGCCGGCCGGCAAUACACCACCUUACAUUCGUCUACCUCAGCCACCCACCAUCGAGGAUACCAUUCACCUCUUCACCCUAUCGCCAGAACAAGCAGUACCGUUCAUCCUCAUGGCCCGGUACUUUGAUCGCCUUGCAGAGCCCGACCCUGGACUUCCACCUCGCAUGCUUGUGGUGGGCCGUCCCGGUACCGGCAAAUCACAGUUCGUACACGCACUGCUCUGGUACACAUUCCAACAUGGUGUACCCGAGUGGCCUGCCACCUGUGCAUACGCCUGGACUGCUGCUGCCGCCUUCCACAAUGACACGCAUCGCAGCCUUUCCACUCACGCCAUGUUCGGCCUUGCAGCAAUGGGCAUCGGACACGGGCGCUCCAAACGUGGCAGCGCCGUCGCCUUGCAGGUACACCGCAAUGUGGGCUCCGGUGCAAUCAUCAUCGACGAAAUCGGCAUGAGCAGCAUCGAGCAUUUGGGCGCCAUCUACAAUGCGUGCAAUAAACAUCUCACCCCGAUGUUGCACGUGCCCGCCACAGACGCGGCAGCACACGUACUGGCAGGCCGGGCAGCAGCUGGUGUUGGUGAUCCCUGCCAACAUCCCCAACCCGGCGGACACCCGGCAUAUCACUACGCAGCACAGCUGGAGCAGGAGCCUGCCUUCACACCCUCUGCACCCAACUCACAACGCGUGCAUCAGGGAGAGUCCACGUCAGAAGACGAGCACACAGUCGCAUCUGACUCCUCAACUGACAACAGUGCAGCACCAUCCACCAGGCGUCGACGUCCAGUUCCACAGACACAUGACCAUAUCCACAACGGGUUCAUCCUCUACCGCAACCUCGCCCAAGACGUCUUCUUACUCACCCGUCAGCAGCACCAGAACAACACUCCAGGGGGCAUCUACCUCGCCGAGGCCUCCACCAUGUUUGCAGGUGGCCCAGUCACCCGCAAGCGCAUUGAGGAGCUCGUCGACAAGCUGAAUGCGCGCGCCAUCUCUAGCUUGGCGGCCCUGACACCCCUCAAGCCCCGUGUCGUUGUCCAACGAAACGAACUGAGGCACGCGCUAAACACACGCCUCAUGAUGCUGCAAGCGCAGCACCUGAGCAAACGCUUGGUGGUUUGGAAUGCGGACCACGUACCACACCAGCCCCGUGGCACAGCCCCACAGGCUCCGCUCACCCGUGUAGAGCAGGCUGUUGCCAUGCGUGUCAAGGACGCCGAGUUCGAUCACACCACGGCGGACACAUGCCGACACCCAAUCUUGUCAGCAGUACCGACGGACGCUGGCUACUUUGUCGCUGGCGUUAUCCGAGGCCACUCUGCAAUCGGCAUCGUAAGCAUCAACAACGCAGUGCUUGACGACCUACUAGCUGCACACCAAGCGGGCCCCACCAAAUUCACCACAAAAAUUGCCUGCAUCUCAGAGCAGGCAACCGCCGCGUAUGAUAUGGAAGUAGCGAUGAUGGCCAUGCCCACGCCUUACGUCCAACUCUGGAAACAGGCAGCGCAGCAGCGGCAACCACUCUAUUUAAUAAACGGCCGAAUCACACAAAAAGACAAGUGGCAGCCAGUCGUAUGGCUCGGUGGAGUCUUGGUUACAGCGGCAUAUCCCAGCAAGGUCGUACGUCGCUGGGUAGACCUGGCGUCGGCAGCAAUCGACGAUCAGCAACUGCCGCAAUCAGUAACUACAACAGCCAGCGCAGGCCCGUCUACCUACACCCAUCCCGUAUUGGCAUGGGAACGCCGGAACGCUACAGCCGUGGUACUACCUGCCGACGGUACACACAAAGACAUGCGACUACAACCUAACCUGACGUUAGAAGUUAGUGUAGACCAACAGCCGGUAAUCCCCCUCGUAUUGCAUCGAGGAGACAAUACCGCCACGUAUCCAGUCUGCGCGUCCGAAUUAGCUGUACUACAGCAACUACCAGGUUUCCAGGACUUCUUCGCGGACCAGGACUUCGCGACGACGGAGAGUCGACAACAAUACGUCACAGAAGAACAGUGGACACUCCACUGCGACGUAAAGACGACAACACACGGACGCACCACCUUCGUGACGGACAUCCGCCCCAUCUGA